AUGCCGAACUCCAUCGACGUUCUUUCUCGAGCACGCCACGCCGACAAGGCUUCAGCACUAUUGUUGACUGGCAAGACAACCUACUGGACUUUACCUGCAGAAAUAUGGCUCGAAAUAGUCUCUCAAGCAUGCCCCAGCUUUCCCACUGUGUUUGCCGAUUCCAACGAGGAAGAUGUCAUCGCGUUCACCCGGGACGUCUCUGGCCGCUGCUCGCAAGCUAGCUAUCACAAACUCCUACAGACCAGACUAGCUAUCAGUCAGGUUUGCAAAGCGUUCCGUCAAUACGCGGAACAAACUUCAUUCGAAUUCAUCUUCAUUCGCCACUCAGAACAAAUCCUCGCUCUCGCCAGUCUCCUGGACAGGCAGAUCUUUUCGGACUCUACUGGACUUGGGUGGUGGACUCGUAGGCUUGAGCUUCGUCUCGUCGACUGUGGUCAAUCUUGGACAGCACUCCAUACUGCCGCCCUCCACACGGUCUUCAGCCACUGUCCAAACAUCUCCACGUUUUCUAGCGUGCUUGCCUCGCCUCUCGAUCUGGCCCCUGCUGCAUUUCCGAAUCUGCGCAGGCUCGAGCUCACAUGUGAUCUCUCUCUCGCUCUCAGCACUCUGGCUCCUUUGUCAGACUUCCUCGAGACACUCUGGCUCACGCUCACAAGAAGGCCAUCUUAUAACUACCGCCCGGUGAAGAUGUCCUUCCCGCGCCUCCACACCCUCAUCUUCACCCGCAUCUACGUUCCUGAGAUCACGGAAGAAUGGGACAUGCCUUCCCUCCGAACGUUCAUCGCGGACGACAAUAGCUGGCCGGACCAAACGAUCGUCGAGAACGGCGAACAAAUGAUCACACAGCACGGCGAGAACAUCCACCGCCUCGGGAUCGUGACGCCCAUCGUACUCUGGACCGCCCUCCACCUGUGCCCCAACAUGGUCGAGUUGACCGUCACCUGUCGCGUUGAGGGCGCGCUGUUCAACCAGAUGCUUCAUUACCUCAGCUAUCUCUUUCCGUUCAGGUGUCCUUCGCUCCGCUCUGUCACACUCGAAGGAUGUCCUAUCGCCGUCGCUAAUGACCUUUCUCUGGAGAAGACCCUGAACGCUCUCGCAUUGGCUGGGAAGAAUGAGCCGGAGAUAUCGGCUUUGACUGGGCGAGAGGGGAAGAUCGCCGAGCCGCUGCCGCUGAGCAGGGUUCGUAUGGCGUUCGUAGGCUCGCCGGACAAGUUGAUGGACAUGCUGCCGGAGAUGGUACCCACGAAGGAGUCGGUUGGAUGGAAGGCUUUCCUCAAUGUAUGCAAGGCGCGGAACAUCCUGUUGGAGACGUCUUGUGGGCAGGAGGAGUUGUUUGCGAAUGUGUGGCACACGGUACUUCCACAAGGACGGAUAGAUGAUGUCGCGCCGAUGGUGGAUUAA